AUGGGAUCGCCCAAUGCCAUACCCGCUUCGGCGCCUCUUGCGCAGCCGCCAACAGCAGCACCAGCACCCGCGACCUCCGAGAAGCCAAAGCCCUGCUGUGUCUGCAAAGACGAGAAAGCGAAACGCGACGAGUGCAUGCUCUUCUCCAACGCCGCCGACCCGACAAAGGACUGCAAAUCGACCAUCGACCAGUACCGAUCGUGCAUGAAGGGUUUCGGCUUCGAAGUAUGA